ACACACACACACACUAUAAAUAUAUACAUACAUAUAUAUUUGCAUGGCUCCUGGCUUUGAUGGUGGCAGUAGGGCCACCGGAGGAAAUGCUCCUUCCUACCCCGGAAAACUCACACCGUACGUUAUCAUAACCGUAUUGGCCGGUGCCGCCGGUGGUUUGAUCUUUGGUUUCGAUCUCGGUAUAUCCGGUGGGGUGACUUCCAUGGCACCUUUCUUGCAAAAAUUCUUCCCCGAGGUUUACGAGAAGGAGCACGCGGACACCUCGACCAACCAGUACUGCAAGUUCGACAGCCAGAAGCUACAGCUCUUCACCUCCUCCCUCUACCUGGCGGCGCUCGUCGCCUCCUUCAUUGCGGCCGCGGUGACGAAGAAAUUCGGCCGCCGGAUUUCAAUGAUGAUCGCCGGAUUCAUCUUCUUGAUCGGCGCCGCCCUCACCGGAGCGGCCGUCCACAUUGCCAUGCUCAUCGGCGGCCGUCUUCUUCUCGGUGUUGGCGUUGGCUUCGCUAACCAGUCGGUGCCUCUGUAUCUAUCGGAGAUGUCCCCAUACAACUACCGUGGGAGAUUCAACGUUUGUUUCCAACUGAUGGUCACCGUAGGGAUACUGUGCGCCAACGUGAUCAACUACUUCACCGCCAAGAUAAGCGGCGGUUGGGGGUGGCGCGUGAGCCUGGGCCUAGCCGGAGUCCCCGCCCUGAUAAUCCUGAUCGCUUCGUUCUGCCUCUCGGACACGCCAAACUCCAUGAUCCAAAGAGGGAAGGAGACGGAAGCCAAAGCCCUCCUGAAGCGCAUACGCGGCGUCAACAAUGUGGACGCGGAAUUCAACGACAUGGUGGCGGCGAAAAACGAAGCUAACCUCGUAAAAAAUCCCAUGCAGAAUCUCCUUAACAAAAGGUGCUACCGACCCCAACUAACAAUGACGAUCCUCAUCCCCUUUUUUCAGCAGUUUACGGGAAUCAACGUCAUCACGUUCUACGCGCCCGUCCUUUUCAAGAGCCUCGGUUUUAAGGACGACGCGUCCUUAAUGUCGGCCGUGAUCACUGGAGUAGUCAACAUGUUCGCCACCGGGGUAUCGAUCUACGGAUGCGACCGGUGGGGGCGGAGGAGCCUUUUCCUCGAGGGCGGGGUCCAGAUGUUCGUCUUUCAGGUGAUUAUCGCCGCCCUUAUAGGGUGGAAAUUCGGAGUGUCGGGAAACGUCGCGAAUAUACAGACGUGGUUCGCGGCUCUGGUGGUGGGGUGCAUAUGCGUGUACGUGGCGGGGUUCGCGUGGUCGUGGGGCCCGCUCGGCUGGCUCUACCCGAGUGAGAUAUUCCCUCUGGAGAUCCGGUCGGCCGCACAGAGCGUCACGGUGGCGGUGAACAUGGUGUUCACUUUCAUCGUCGGGCAGUGCUUCCUCACCAUGCUGUGCGCGAUGAAGUACGGCUUGUUCAUCUUUUUCGCCUUCUUCGUGGCGGUGAUGACGGUGUUUUGCUACUUCUUCAUGCCAGAGACGAAGAAUAUUCCGAUCGAGGAGAUGACUCAGGUGUGGAGGAGUCAUUGGUUCUGGAAGAGGUUUAUGAACGACCCGAACGACCCGGUCAACAUGGCCGUUGGUAUGAGUCGACUCGACGAUGCAGACGAUCGAGUUUGAUCGAUAUAU